AUGCGGUCCUACGCCGCUCUCUGGUUCUCGCCCUUCCUCUGCUACCCUUCUCGGGCCAUACGCUCAUGCCUGUGCGACCCUCCUCCCCUCCCCUCCCCUUCCCCUCCCUCACCUUCCCUCCCCUCCUCUUCCCUGCCCUCCUUCGUCUUCCCCGUCUUCCCCUCUUCUCCCCCGUUCCUCUUCUCCCCCGUUCCUCUUCUCCCCCGUUCCUCUUCUCCCCCGUUCCUCUUCUCCCCCGUUCCUCUUCUCCCCCGUUCCUCUUCUCCCCCGUUCCUCUUCUCCCCCUUCCUCCCACUUCCCCCAGUGCCCGUGCUGUUGCAGCUGCAGAACACGCUCGAGCUCGUGCAAUACAACUGGGCGGGCGCGGGGGACUGCGCGCUCGCCGCGGAAGUCGGGGAGGCGGAAACCAGGGGAGAAGCGCGGGGAGAACCGGGGGUAGAGGCCGCGGCAGCAGCAGCGGCGGUGGGUGGGGCGGCGGAGCUGUUGUUCCCCCUGCGGGGGAAGGCUGCGGGGGGAGUGGGGCGCGCGGGGUGGGCGGGGGUGGCAUGUGACUCUCAGGGGAACCCCGUCCGCAUGGAGUUCCCCCGACAGGGCCUCACGGGCCAUCUGCCUCUUGACGUCUCCAGGCUAACCUCGCUCACCAAGAUGCUCACCUCGCUCACCAACAUUGACCUGCAGCGAAACCUCAUUAUAGAGCGACUCGACGUCUUCAUCAAGCCUCUCGAAGGACUAACCAACUUACAGCACUUGGACCUCUCGUCCAAUUUCCUCUUCGGCAGCAUCCAGCCGUCCAUCACCGCCGCCUUUCCACGCCUCACAGCACUACUGCUAUCAAGCAACCGCCUCACGGGCCGAGUUCCAUCACGCCUCCCGCCUCUCCUCUCCACCCUCUCCCUCUCCUCCAACUACCUCUCGGGCUCCCUCCCCCGCACCUCCCUCCUCUGCUCCCCCGCCUCCUUCUCCCUCAACUGCUUCUCCAAACAAGACCUUUAUUCCUGCUUCGUCUCCCGAACCAGCCAGCCAGGCUCGGCCGGGCCUCGCUUAGGCUCCGCUGUGCUGGACCUGGCGUCUCUUGUGGAGCAGCAGCGGCCGGAGCAGCAGUGCGGGGAGGCGCUGUGUGGGGGAAUAAGCGAAGGGGAGUAUUGUGAGGGGAAGGGAGUGUGCCGCCCAAUGAUCCUCAGUCCGGCAUUCAAGUAUGGCGAUGUGCUGCCGUGGAUGUGUGCAUGCCACGACGGGGAAGUGGGUCGAUGCUGGGCCCCAGAGUGUGCCUAUGUCGAGAAGAGGGUUGUGGGGGAAGAUGAGGAUAUGGAUGGGCUAGAUGCAAGCAAGGCUGGCGUGUUGAGCUUUCACGUGCCUCUGGCGGAGGAGGAGGUGGUCCAGUUCCUGUGCGAAGGGGAGGUGACGACAUGCGCUGCUACGAGUGCGGCGAACCCGGUCAUUUCGCCCGCGAGUGUCGCAUGCGUCUCGGAGGAGGCGGAGGCGGAGGUGGAGCGCGCGGUCGCAGCCCUCCGCGCUAUCGCCGAAGCCCGGAUUACGGUCGCGAGAGGGAUGAUUCCCCUCGGCGCAGGAGCCCCUCUCCCCGCCGCCGGAGCCCGUCCCCCGGUCGUCGCCGGAGCCCCUCCCCCCCCCGCCGCCGGAGCCCUUCCCCGGACAGGCGCCGCGGAAGCCGAUCUCCCCCGCGCGUCCGCAGCCCGGCUCCCGGGUCCCCGCGUCGUGACGAGCGGAGCCCCUCUCCUCGCCGCCGCCGGAGCCGCAGCCGCAGUUAGGCAUUCGGAGCACCAGUGGACGUGCUUCCGUAAUGGAAUCUUGUGCGCGGGUCUGAAGGAUGACAUGGUCACACGGCUGAUUGCUGCUUCUGCAGCUGCUUCGGGAGCUGCUUUCUAA